UUCGGGCCUCACCGCUGGCUACAGGUCUCAGAUGUCACUGGGGCCUGCGCGGGCCGCGGGAGCCGAAGUGAGGACGCCGAGACCUCCCGGAAGCCGGGAAAUGGACUUGGUGGCCUUUGAGGAUGUGGCUGUGAACUUCACCCAAGAGGAGUGGGCUUUGCUGGAUCCUUCUCAGAAGAAACUCUACAGAGAUGUGAUGCAGGAAACCUUCAUUAACUUGGCCUCUGUAGGGAAAAAAUGGGAAAACCAGAACAUUGAAGAUCAGUACAAACAGCAGGAAAGAAACCUAAGAAGUCAUAUUGUAGAGAGACUCUGUGAAAGGAAAGAAGUUAGUCAAUUUGGAGAAAACUCCAGUCAGACACCAAAUCUUAAACUGAACAAAAAAACUCUUACUGGAGUAAAACCAUAUGAAUGCAGUGUGUGUGGAAGGGUCUAUAAGUGUCAUUCAUCUCUUAAGAGGCACAUGAAAUCUCAUAUUGAAAACAAACCAUUUGAGUAUCACAAGUAUGGGGAGAAGUCAUAUGAGUGUAAGGAAUGUGGGAAAACGUUCAACUUUCGAAGUUCAUUUCGAAUACAUGAAAGAACUCACACUGGAGAGAAACCCUAUGAAUGUAAACAGUGUGGUAAAGCUUUCAGCUGGCCCAGUUCCUUUCAAAUACAUGAAAGAACCCAUACUGGAGAGAAACCCUAUGAAUGUAAGCAAUGUGGGAAAGCCUUCAUUUAUCAUACAACCUUCCGAGGACACAUGAGAAUGCACACAGGAGAGAAACCAUAUAAAUGUAAAGAAUGUGGAAAAACCUUCAGUCAUCCCAGUUCAUUUCGAAACCAUGAAAGAACUCACUCUGGAGAGAAACCUUAUGAAUGUAAACAAUGUGGAAAAGCUUUCAGAUAUUACCAAACUUUUCAAAUACACGAAAGGACUCACACUGGAGAAAAACCUUAUCAAUGUAAGCAGUGUGGUAAAGCUCUCAGUUGUCCCACAUCCUUUCGAAGUCAUGAAAGAAUUCACACUGGAGAAAAACCCUAUAAAUGUAAAAAAUGUGGUAAAGCCUUUAGUUUUCCCAGUUCCUUUCGAAAACAUGAAAGAAUACAUACUGGAGAGAAACCAUAUGAUUGUAAGGAAUGUGGGAAAGCAUUCAUUUCUCUUCCAAGCUUUCGAAGACACAUGAUCAUGCACACUGGAAAUGGACCAUAUAAAUGUAAGGAAUGUGGGAAGGCCUUUGAUUGUCCCAGUUCAUUUCAGAUUCAUGAAAGAACCCAUACUGGAGAAAAACCCUAUGAAUGUAAACAAUGUGGUAAAGCCUUUAGUUGUUCCAGUUCCUUUCGAAUGCAUGAAAGGACUCACACUGGAGAGAAACCCCAUGAAUGUAAACAAUGUGGUAAAGCCUUCAGUUGUUCCAGUUCUGUUAGAAUACACGAAAGGACUCACACUGGAGAGAAGCCCUAUGAAUGUAAACAGUGUGGUAAAGCUUUCAGUUGUUCCAGUUCAUUUCGAAUGCAUGAGAGAAUUCACACUGGGGAGAAACCUUAUGAAUGUAAACAGUGUGGUAAAGCCUUUAGUUUCUCCAGUUCCUUUCGGAUGCAUGAAAGAACCCACACUGGAGAAAAGCCCUAUGAAUGUAAACAAUGUGGUAAAGCCUUUAGUUGUUCCAGUUCCUUUCGAAUGCAUGAAAGGAUUCACACUGGAGAGAAACCCUAUGAGUGUAAACAAUGUGGUAAAGCCUUCAGCUGUUCCAGUUCCAUUCGAAUACAUGAAAGGACUCACACUGGUGAGAAACCCUACGAAUGUAAACAAUGUGGUAAGGCCUUCAGUUGUUCCAGUUCUGUCCGCAUGCAUGAAAGGACUCACACCGGAGAGAAACCUUAUGAAUGUAAACAGUGUGAUAAAGCUUUCAGUUGCUCCCGUUCCUUUCGAAUCCAUGAAAGAACUCACACUGGAGAGAAACCCUAUGAAUGUCGACAGUGUGGUAAAGCCUUCAAGUGUUCCCGUUCCUUUCGAAUACAUGAAAGAACUCAUAUUGCAGAGUAACCCUAUGAAAGUAAGCAAUGUGUUAAAGCUUUCAGUUUCCCAUUUCCUUUUGAAGACAUGAAAGGACUCACUGAAGAGAACACCUGUGAAUAUAAAACAUGGGAAAACUUUGAAUUGUUUAGGUGUGAAUACCAGAAAAAACUUCUGCUGGACAGAAACCCUAUCACCAUGAGCAGUGUGGGAAAGCCUUCAGUGAUCACACAACCUUUUGAGGACACAGGAAAGUGCAUACUGGAGAAAACCCCUAAAAAUGUAAAGAAUGUGGAAAAGCUUUGCUUGUCCCAGUUUAUUUGGAAACCAUGAACAAACUCACUGGAGAGCAACUUCUUCAUUGUAAGCAGUGUAGGAAAGCCUUUAAUUGGCCCACAUCCUUAUAAAACAUGAGAACGCAUGAUGGAUGGGAACUCUAUUAAAGUGAAAAAUAAUGGAAUGUUUUCAGUUUUAACAAAUAUUCAUGUGAAACUUCAAACUUAUGGAAACUCCCAUGGGGGAGACAUUGUAUAAAUGUAGAUAAUCUGGGAAAACCUGAUGAAAAUUAAUUGAUAAACAUUGUUUCAGAAAAUUUACAAAAUGUAGAAAUGUUAUGUCUUAUAUGCAUAUUAUCUUUAUCAGUUGCUCUUAAAGUAUAUAUUUGGACUAUGCAUUUGUAUUUAUUACUUUCACAAUGGACACUGAGGUGAGAAUUCUGUAAGCCCUCGUUAAGCAAUAGUACACAAUUUUAAUAGGUAGUGUUUUUUCAUUAAAUCAGUUACUAAAUUUUUCUCUUUCCAUUUUGAAGUCUGUUAGAUUCAUGAGUGACUUGAAGUGUAUUUUUAUUGUGUAAGUAGGUUUAAUUUUUGUACGGUUUUUAAAUUGUUCUAUAAGGGGACAUUGAAAAAUGAUAACUUGGUGGUUGUUGGGAUUUUCCUACUGACUUGCUUUGGCAGGUACUAGAUAUACUUUACCCAUAUUUCUUUCUGACUGAAAAAAAGCUUAGUUUUGGGAGGGCAGAGUGGACUUAUUCGGUUUUCUGUGCUAGUAAAUGCCUGUUAUAAAUUUGUGUGUGUGCAAAUCAUGUA